ACGAAGGUGUUGAAUCCUACCUAGUUUUCAAUUAAUCAUCUUCAGAUCUUCGCCGGAGAAAAAAGAUGACCGGAAUAGUUGAAAUUUUGCCGAAAGAGUAUGGCUACAUCAUUCUCAACCUCACUGCCUACUAUUUCCUCAAUCUGUAUAUGCAGAUUCAGGUCGGCAGAGCUCGAAAGAAGUAUAAUGUUUCAUACCCAGCACUCUACGCUACUGAAGCAGAUACCAAGGAUUACAAACUCUUCAACUGUAUUCAGAGAGGGCAUCAGAAUUCGCUCGAAUCUCUGCCGAUCUUCUUUGUUUUGAUGGUUUUGGGAGGGUUUAAACACCCAGUUAUAUGUUCGUAUCUGGGAUUAGCAUACACAGUUACUCGGUUUUUCUAUUUCAAGGGUUACUCCUCCGGUGAUCCUAAGGGACGUCUCCCGAUUGGAGGAUUCAACGGUCUUGCAUUAUUGGGGCUUGUGAUAGUCAAUAUCACUUUUGGGGUGAAUCUUCUAAAGGCAUAAAUCACAAGCAUCAUGAAGAAAAGAAUGUUCUUUGGGACCCUUUGUUUUUUGUUGUAUUUGAUUAGAGGAAGAAACAGUUUCAUUUUGUAAUGUUGAUGAGAAAAAAAAUUAUUGUUUUUACUUUUUAGUUGAGGCAUUGGUCUUUAAGCUGUUGUAAACUGUAGUUUUAAGUGCAUUUGGAAUGAUAGUUCCAAGAGCUUUCAGUAAAAUGUAACUCUUUAAUAAUAUUGCAUUUUGUUCGACUCA